ACUAAUAUGUCAAGUGUCGAUCCAAAUUCCAAAGCUUUUCCCUUUCUUCCACCCUGUGGUGACCACCCUCUCUGUAAAGAUAGCCCACAUGCUCUCCUCUCUCUCUGUAGAGACAGAUUAUAGCUAAUUUUCAACACACCUUUGUUUGUUCUUGGUGUUUAAGUAAAGAGAAGAAAGAGCUAAGUUUAAUAAGUGUCAUAAAUGAAGUGAACGAGAAAUGGGUGAAGAACAUGGCUAUCCAUGGCCACCUAUUGGAGCUCCACUACACAUGGAAAGAGAUGACGAUGGAAGGAGCUUUGAUAGCUCAGUUAAUGCGGUGUCGUUUGGAUUUGUGGCCACUGCUAUUUUGAUUUCCAUGUUCUUGGUCAUGGCUAUCUUUGAAAAAUUCCUUAGACCCACCUCGCCGGCUUUGGCCCCUUCCGGUCGACGGAGCCAUGCUGAUCUUGAGGCCCAGUUGAGGUAUAAUGGUAAACUUGGUCAUCCUUCUCCAAAGAUGACCAUUUAUGCAAGUGGAGUCUCAGUAUUGAUGCCUGGAAACGAUAUUCCGACAUUCAUCGCUCAACCAGCCCCCAUACGGUGUCCACCAGAACGCAUUUCAUGGCCGCAACAUCAUCAUGCUUCAUUUUCGAACCCUGCCCACUUAAGCCCAUCUUACACAUGACGAGCUCUAGUGUACAAGUUGAAAACUAAACGUGAGAAGUCCUUGCUCUUUACUUGCCUUGCUCGAAUUCGAAUCAUGCCCAAGCAGAAGUUGCCGAUGAAUGUGCUCAUGUCGAAGCAUUAAUCAGUUCUGUUCUUUCUCUCUUUUUUUUUUCCUUUCUGCAAGAGCUCCUGAUUCUGUAUAUAUCAUUCAUAUGAUCAGCCAGGCCAAAUGCACCUUGUUUGACCGUGUUUCAUGGUUUUUAGAUAUUCCCAAAUUCGAUUUUGUUCCACAGAGAUGGAUUGUAUAAUUUCUCCAUCAAAUGGAUCAGUCUUAUCAAUGUAAAAAAAGAAAAAUUCGGCCUUUAUUGCUUGUAAUUUUCUUCUUAGAAAGGGAAAAAUAGUAUGGCAAUUAAGCUGGUUUAAAUGA